AUGUGCUCCGACCCCAUCUCCUCUUCCGUUAUGUCUUCCACUUCAACAUCUGCCGACGUAAAGUUCAAAGCCCUCGCGCGCUUCUUUGCCUGUGUAGACUCCUUCGCCGCUUUUUCAUUUGGGGAGGAGGAGGCCUCAGUUGGUCAUCGGAUCCCCCCAGCUAUGUCAGGGGGUUUUCCUUUCCCAAUCGACGCCAUUGUCGGCGCCUCCGCCGCCAUUCCAGAGCCGAAACCCUAG